CAGCACAGAAAGAGCUCUGUGUGAACUGAAAGAGAAUGGAUCUCCGUGACUUAGCUCCGAAAGCAUGGGAAAUAAAAUAAUGAAUUCGCAUGGCUAAACAAAACAGCGCGAGGACUUCUUUGUUGCGCGUGUGAAAGGAGGAGUAUGGAGAAUGAUGAAUUUCCGUCAGCGGAUGGGCUGGAUCGGCGUGGGACUUUACCUGCUGGCCAGCGUGGCUGCCGUGUACUAUGUGUUUGAGAUCAACCAGACCUACAACCGCUUCACCCUGGCCAUGGUGGAGAAGGCGGCGGCCUCCGUGGCCCACCACCAUACCACCCAGCCCCUAGCACCUCCAGACAUGCCCCUUCAAGGAUCCUCCUCGUCGUCCUCCUCCUCAGUCGUCUCCGUCCCCGUCCCGUGGCUCCAGAGCCUGAAGACGCGCCUGCUGCUGCUGCCCUUCUGGGUGUGGGCCGUGCUGUUCCUGCUGCCCUACCUGCAGGUGUUCCUCUUCCUCUACUCCUGCACGCGUGCUGACCCCAAGACCAUCGGCUACUGCAUCCUGCCCAUCUGUAUCGCGGUGCUGUGCAACCGCCACCAGACCUUCACCAAGGCCUCCAAUCAGAUCAGCAGGCUGCAGCUGAUUGACACCUGAGGGCAUUACCCAAUAGGGACAAUGUUGGUGGUGGUGGAGGUGAUGUCUGGUAGGGGGUGGGGGCUGAGACAAACUGCGUUGCUGGUCCAUACUGUCGCUUGAUAGAUGAAGUGAGCCAGGGCAUCUAUCAGCAAGAUUCUUUAUGACAUCGUGUAGGAGGACCAGAGGUUUGUAAGUCUCCA